CUGGAGUAAGUGUGUGUGUGUGUGUGUGUGUGUGUCCUCCUCUGACGCUGUAUUCUGUGAGAAUCACACACACACUCACAGGAAACUUGUGUAAAAUCAGACAUGUUCGACAUUUAAACUCGGACACACACGGUGGCGUCGCGUCGCGUGUAAUGUGUGUGAAGUCGCAGUUUGAUCUCUGAAGUUGAGGAUUUAUUUCCUGCUGGAAGUGAAAGAGAAGCAGAGACUCACUUGUGAAGAGUGCGGCUCAUCCGGAGCUGGAGUGUUUCUCAUCUUGUGUGGUGAGGUGAGCUAAGAUGAGCAUUACUAGUGAUGAAGUCAACUUUCUGGUCUACAGAUAUCUGCAGGAGUCAGGUUUCUCUCACUCUGCGUUCACAUUUGGCAUCGAGAGUCACAUCAGUCAGUCAAACAUCAACGGCUCUCUGGUCCCCCCGGCCGCUCUCAUCUCCAUACUCCAGAAAGGACUUCAGUAUGUGGAGGCAGAGAUCAGCAUCAAUGAGGACGGCACCGUGUUUGACGGUCGGCCGAUUGAGUCUCUGUCGCUCAUUGAUGCUGUGAUACCAGACGUGGUUCAUUCCAGACAACAGGCCGUCAAAAACAGAGUCCCCCGACAUCAGCAGACCAACACUAUAUCUACACAAUAUCACGCUGCUAAGAACGGUGACGUCUCGCUCAACGGAGAAGAGAACGGCACUCAUGCUCUCAAUAAUUAUGUGGAGAUGGAGGUGGAAGAUGAGAUUCAGAUUCCUGCCAGCAGGGCGACGGUGUUGAGAGGUCACGAGUCUGAGGUGUUCAUCUGUGCCUGGAACCCUGUGUGUGAUCUGCUGGCCUCUGGCUCUGGAGAUUCCACGGCUCGUAUCUGGAGUCUGAACGGAAGCAGCAGCACUCAGCUGGUCCUCCGUCACUGCAUCAGAGAGGGAGGACAAGACGUGCCCAGCAAUAAAGACGUCACCUCUUUAGACUGGAACAGUGACGGGAGUCUUCUUGCCACUGGAUCUUAUGAUGGAUACGCAAGAAUAUGGACUAAAGAUGGGACCCUCAGUAGGACACUGGGUCAGCACAAGGGUCCUAUAUUUGCCCUCAAGUGGAACAAGAAAGGCAACAGCAUUCUGAGCGCUGGAGUCGAUAAGACGACAAUCAUUUGGGACGCACACACGGGUGAAGCCAAACAACAGUUUCCAUUUCACUCCGCUCCGGCUCUGGAUGUGGAUUGGCAGAACAACACCACGUUUGCCUCCUGCAGUACAGACAUGUGCAUCCACGUGUGUCGACUAGGAAGUGAGCGACCGCUCAAGACCUUUCAAGGGCACACGAAUGAAGUCAACGCUAUUAAAUGGGAUCCAUCAGGAACUCUACUGGCGUCCUGCUCAGAUGACAUGACCUUAAAGAUCUGGAGCAUGAAGCAGGAUUCAUGUCUACACGAUCUUCAGGCUCACAGUAAAGAGAUUUACACCAUCAAAUGGAGUCCUGCAGGAUCUGUGUGUAAUACUCUGCUGGCCAGCGCAUCUUUUGACUCAACGGUGCGGUUGUGGAACGCUGAAAGAGGACUCUGUAUUCACACAUUGACUAAACAUGAGGAGCCGGUGUACAGCGUGGCCUUCAGUCCUGAUGGAAAGUUUCUGGCCAGCGGAUCUUUUGAUAAAUGUGUGCACAUCUGGGACACUGCGAGCGGAUCUCUCGUGAACAGCUACAGAGGAACCGGUGGAAUAUUUGAAGUGUGCUGGAACAGUGUUGGAGAUAAAGUUGGAGCGAGCGCGUCUGACGGUUCGGUUUGUGUUCUUGAUCUACGGAAGUAACACUGGACAGAUGUGAGAUUUUACAGCGGUGACUUAUGAUGUUCUGAUACUUCACAUAUGAAUCCCCGAGAUAAAAAAUCCAAAUGUUGAAGAACCAAAUGUAGAGGACGAGACGAGAGAGAUUGUGCUGUUACAGUGUUGACGUUCAGCUUCUCUCGGCGUUCUGUGACCGGGGGUCAGGUCAGAUCAUUAACAGAUGGCCGGCCGCUGAAGAGCCCAACGAUGGGGAUCAAUAUUCAAGAGGAUUUUUACUUCUCACUGUCGUGUGGUGUGGAUGGGCAGCACUGGUGUCUCUCGGAGGGAUUUGGGUUUCUCUCUCUGAUUGUGUGAAAGAGAUUUGUAACGAAUGUCAAUCUCAGCAGAGGAGAGAGAGAGAGAGAGAGAGAGAUGUGUAAGAUUGCUUUUCUUCUGAAAUGUCUAAAAUCAAACUGAAUGAAAAUUCUACUGGUGAGAAAUAUUUUCUGAAUCCAGUUAAAGGUGUAUUCUCCUCAGUGGAUGUACAUUUAAUGAAUGUAAAGUUGUACAUUAGAUAACAGCACAGGUUUUAUAAACUGUGUAAAUAUGUUUAUAAGCGCGCCACAUGCUUUUUGAGGCUUGAAACCGUUGUUUGUUUGUUUGUUUUGUAAUGCCUGCUGGGUUGGCAGCACAUGUUAUUGGAGGAAAGUGAUGUUAUGACACAUCGGCUCAUAAAGUCUCAGAUGGUCUCAUGAGAGCGAGAGAAACAUUCCAGCCAUGUUUUCAUCAACAUCUUCAGCAUGAUGUGAAAAUCUGGGUUCUGUCUCAGCGCUGUUUUGUCAUUGAGGUUUAUAGGACUGAUCACUGGAGACCGGUCACGUGUGUCUGAAUCUUCAUACAGUCAAGCGUCAUGUCAAGAUUCCAAUUUUCCAUCUGAACUCAAUCCUGUAUACUUGAUGUUUAUUAUACAGUCCUUGACAGCAGGAUUGUGGACCAAUGGGAUUUCACUGUGGGCGGGACAAUAAAAACGUCGUUUAGGUUCAAACUCAGAUUUAGUAAAUGAAGAUCCGCUCGGGGGAAGUGACUCACACUGGGGAAACUCAAGUUUGUUGCUCGCUCACAUUGACAAAAAUGUGAGAUGUUUCUUUAAGGGACAGUUCACCCAAAAGGAGAAUUCUGUCCUCAUUUAUUCCUCCUCUUGCGGUUUUUUAAAACUGAAUGUGUGAGUCUUUCUUAAGUAGAACAUAAUAGAAGAUAUUUUGAGAAAUGUCUCAGUGGUUUUGAUUAUAUAAUUGUAGUCAGUGGAGUUCAGUGUUGGUUGAUGAUCAACAUUCUUCAAAAUAUCUUCUCUUGUGUUCUGAAGAUGAAAGAAACUCGCACAUGUUUAAGAUGACACGAGGAUGAAUAAAUGAUGACAGAUUCUCAUUUAGUUUGGGUGAACGGUCCCUUCAGGAUGGGUUAAAUGUUGUCUGCUGGAACCUGUAUAACGUUGUCGCCGUCUGGAUCUGAUGCGGUCUGAUUUAUUGAUACAGUAACUGAUUUAAUAAUAAACAUCAGAUGUGAUGGUAAAUCUUAGAAGGGAUAGAGCAGAUUAAAUUCUGUCCGCUUAACACAUCUUUAAAUGCCACAAAUCUUAUUUGCUUUGCAUUCAUGUUUUUUCUUCAAUGUUUUUUUCUGACGGUGGAUUCUUAUUAAAGUUUUUGGUUGUAUUAGAAGUGAUCACGUGUUGGCUUAAUGUCCAGCAGUGAUCGGCUGAUUUCCGUCAUCACCUGAGACCUUUACUGUCUGUGUCAGACAGAGAAAUGUGUUGUGAUGUUGUCAGUUGGGUUGUACAUGUUUGUCAUGAAUCUGUUUCAUAGACAAACCACAUUAUGGUUCAAAUAAAUCACUCUAUUUUGAUAUUACAAA